AUGCUUACAGAGGGGUCCUUUGAAGUUUUUCAAACUUUUCAAUUAUGUGCUUGCCAGGAAGCAAAGAACAAUGGUGCCAAGAAUGAAGAGAAGAAAGGAGAAGUUGAGAAGAAGGAAGAUAUACAAAAGAAGAAUGCUGAGGAGAAGAAAGAUAGAGAAGAAAAGAAAGAGGAAAAGGAGAAGAAAGAUGAAGAGGAAAAGAAAGGCGAGGCAGAGAGUAAAGGUGUAGAAAAGAAUAAGGAAGCGAGUAAAAAAAAUAGCAAGGAAAAGGACGAGAAUAAGGAAGAAAAGGAUGAGAAUAAACAAAAGGGGAAGAAAGAAGAGCAGCGGGAGCAGAAAGAGGAAAAGAAGGAAAACGAGCAGAAAACGGACGAAAAGAAAUUAUCGAAAGAGAUCGAACAAGAUCCAGGUUAA